CCACUCUCACGGACAGCUGCUGACUUUGGAGUCGCUUUAGAGGAAGAAAAGAAGGGCUGGUCACUGCACAAACGACAAAACAAUGUCCAACUCGGAUUACCUUCCCGACUACCCACUCAACUCAGAUUUAGUGAAGAGAUUAAAGUCUGCCCUGGAUGCCAAAGAUGAGGAGAGAGUGAAGGAUUUAAUCUGCACUGAAGUCACGCCUGUGGACGCUGUGAUAGAACUGGCCAAUGACGACUGGAUGAAAGACCCCUCGGCUCAGCUGCCCACCGGCAUGCUGCUAGGGGACCUGGACCAUCUGAAGCCCCUCAUGGACCAGUUCUUCCAGGAUGCCAACGUGGUGUUUGAGAUCAAUAAGGAUGAGAUGGAAUGGCAGGUGAAAUCUCCAGCCACGUUUGGACUAUCAGGCCUCUGGACCCUGGAGUACAAGCGUGAGCUCACCACGCCCCUGUGCAUCGCCGCGGCCCACGGCCACACCGCCUGCGUGCGACACCUGCUCGGCCGCGGCGCAGACCCAGACGCCAGCCCAGGCGGCCGCGGCGCCCUGCACGAGGCCUGCCUCGGGGGCCACACCGCCUGCGUCCGCCUGCUGCUGCAGCACCGCGCCGACCCCGACCUGCUCAGCGCCGAGGGCCUGGCGCCUCUGCACCUCUGCCGCACGGCCGCCUCGCUCGGGUGCGCGCAAGCGCUGCUGGAGCACGGGGCCUCGGUGCAGCGCGUGGGCGGCACGGGCCGGGACACGCCGCUGCACGUGGCGGCGCAGCGCGGCCUGGACGAGCACGCGCGCCUGUACCUGGGCCGCGGGGCGCACGUGGACGCGAGGAACGGCCGCGGAGAGACGGCUCUGAGCGCGGCCUGCGGUGCGGCGCGGAGGCCCGACGAGCACGGGCGCUGCCUGCGCCUGUGCGCGCUGCUGCUGCGGCGCGGGGCGGAGGCGGACGCGCGCGACGAGGACGAGCGCAGCCCGCUGCACAAAGCCUGCGGCCACGCGAGCCACAGCCUGGCGCGCCUCCUACUGCGGCACGGCGCCGACGCGGGCGCGCUCGACUAUGGCGGGGCCUCGCCGCUGGGCCGCGUGCUGCAGACCGCAUCCUGCGCUCUCCAGGCCUCACCGCAGCGCACGGUGCAGGCGCUGCUCAACCACGGCUCUCCCACCGUGUGGCCCGACGCCUUCCCCAAGGUGCUGAAGACCUGCGCAUCUGUCCCCGCAGUCAUCGAGGUGCUUUUCAACUCCUACCCUCAGCUCUGCGUGUCAGAGUCCUGGAAGGAAGUGAUUCCUGAGGAAGUAUUCCAGAUGCACAAGCCGUUCUACCAGUCCCUCUUUGCCUUGGCCCUCACCCCACGCUGCCUGCAGCAUCUUUGCCGCUGUGCCCUUCGCAGACUGUUUGGCAAAAGGUGCUUUGACCUCAUCCUCCUGUUACCCUUGCCAAAGCCCCUGCAGAAUUAUCUACUUUUGGAGCCACAGGGUGUUUUGCACUGAAACACAGAACGCUGCAACCAAUACUGUUGUUCUCCUCGCUGACCUUCCAUGGAGGCCACGUGUUGGAGAGUGCCCUGAUGCAGAUGGAGGUGAUGGGAGUUCCCUUCCCACUUGCUCCCCGUGGGACCAGGUGAAGCACAGACCUUGCCAAGCUUCAGGUUCACCUCGAAAUGGAAUUGGCAACAAAAGCCCUUUCUGCCUCUCAGGGUCGCUUGUGAAAAUCCAGUGAAAUCGUGACUAUCACAGCACUUGGUCUGGGAAAGUACCUUUCAACAACAGUUAAGCCAAAAGGUACAGUGAGUCCUCACUUAAGGUCUUCGAUAGGUUCUAGGGAACCAGGUUUAAGCUAAAUGAGGUAUAAUAAUGCCAGUUUUCCCAAGGUUAAUUGAUAUAAACAAGAAUGAUGUUCCUACAGCAUAUUUCUGGUCACAAAAAGAUCACCACACUUCUAAAUAAAGACCAAUACAAUUCUAAUAGUAAAGAUUGAAAUAAAGGCAAGCUACACAUACCUUUAAAAGAGAUUAAUAACAAGUAAGAUAAUUAUUUACCCAAUUUUUGGUGAAUCAGUAUGUGAUGGUGGUUGUCCUGCUGGUCGGUUAGAUCAAGGAAUAAAUGUUUGCAAAACGAACCUUGUCAGGAGCACCUCCUACCACCACGAAGUUCAGAACAGUCACCAAUGUGGCAGGCUUGCUAGGCCCUCUCAUACCGCAUCAUUUAUUGUCAUGCAUUUGGAUGAUUAUUGUAUGCCUUAUGAAUUUUUACUUUACAAUAAUUUGUAUUCAUUCAUUCAUUCAUAUUCUAAUGUGCUUAUUCUAGUUCAGGGUCGUGCGUGGCCAGAGUCCACCCCAGCAACUCAGUGUGCAGGGCAGGAACCAGGCCUGGACGGGGUGCUGUUCCAUCGCAGGGUGCUCACACCCCCCCACACCCACCCACCCACACACAACACUGGGACAAUUCAGACACGACAGCUCACCUCACUUGCUCAGCUUUGGGAUGUGGGUGGGAACUGGAGCACCCAGAGAAAACCCACACAGACAGUGGCCUUGCCCAGGAAUCAGUCUUGUUUCUUUUUUGUUUUUUUGUUUGUUUUGAGACUGGCGCGGGACUGGCGCAAUCUUGGCUCACCGCAACCUCCGCCUCCCAGGUUCAAGCAAUUCUCCUGCUUCAGCCUUCCUGGUAGCUGGGAUAACAGGCAUGUGCCAGCACGCCCGGCUAAUUUUUUAUUUUUAGUAGAGACAGGGUUUCUCCAUGUUCGUCAGGCUGGUCUCAAACUCCCGAUCUCAGGUGAUCUGCCCGCCUCAGCCUCCCAAAGUGCUGGGAUUACAGGCAUGAGUCACCACGCCCGGCCGAAUCAGUUUUGUUUCUUAUCGGUGUUAUAAUAAAAUGACAUUAAACAAAACAUUAUUUAAGGACCUACUGUAUAUGUAUUUUUCCAGUGUGUUAGCAGCCCUCAUGCUGCCCCUGAGCCUUGGGAUCCUCCCCUCACAGAGAGGCCUCUCACCCCGCUGGGGCCCGACCACCCGGGGAAACUCUGUACCCUAGAUCACAACGGACCUGCAUGUUGAGAAAGGACACUUGCAACCAAGGCACGUGCACCUGCCCAGGGCCUGUCGGUGCUCUCAGUGCUCCCAAGCAUAUUACAGCCCAGAGCUCCCCAGGAGGACACCGGCAGGAUGGUGAGUGGAAGUUUCCAUCCUGUGUGAGUCUUCAUGUGACACCCUCACCAAAAGCCACUGCUCCAGCUCCAGGAACAGUCUGGGAAGUCAGAUGCCAGGAACAGACACAGGUUCAUCAAAGGGGCCUUCAGCUCAGCCUGAGCGUCACAUGCCAACAGAGAUGCUCUAGACAACAAGGACUAUAUCAACCUUGUCUUAUUUUCUCUAUUCCAUAUAUAUAUAUACACCUUGGGGUAGAGGGUGGUUCCCACAAAAUGGUGCAUCUCUCUCCAAUGCACUUAUCUGGGAUCAGUUAGCCAUAGAAAAGCCUGCUUGUCCCAUCAGUGUCUGGCUAGGAAGAAAACGUAUGUUGGUUCCACGUGCCCAGAUAUAUAUAUGGCAGAAUCUCACUCUGUCACCCAGGCUGGAGUGCAGUGGUGCAAUCAUAGCUCACUGCAGCCUCGACCUUCUUGGCUCAAGUGAUCCUCCUGCCUCAGCCUCCCAUGUAGCUGGGACUACAGGUGCACAACACUGCACUGGGAUAAUUUUUUCUAUUUUAUAUAGAUGAUGGGAUCUCGCAUGUUGCCCAGGCUCUAAUUCCUGGCCUCACGUAAUCCUCCUGCCUCUGCCUCCUGAGUAGCUGGAAUUGCAGGAGUGAGCCCCCUCCCCCAGCUUACUUUCUCUAUUCAGAUGCUUUGACAUCUGGGGCCUUGCUGACCCAGGAGGAACUGACUGCCCCCCACCCACCAGGCUUAGCUGGUUCUUAGCAACAGUAAACAAUUCCACACAAAGCAUGCUUUUCCAAUGUUAGCCAACCAAUCUGGAGCCCAGAGCCCACACCUCAACCCCCUCUUAUAUCCCACUCUUUCUCACAUGCCAGACCACUGUCUACUCCAGAGCAGGUGCCACACAACUUGGGAAAGUCCUAUGCCCCAGAGUCUGCUGAAAUUAUCCAAACUAGACAAACUUCAGCCUUGCCCUCUCUUGCCCAUUCCUCCCCUGCCUCCUGAAAGGCCCUGGGGCUUCCUCAUGGGCUGCCCCCAUGUCAUAGCAUACCCUCUCCUCUUAGGAACAAUGAGCAAUAAAACACCUUUUCAAUAGCAGUCAUCUCCUGAUCUGUUGGCCCUAUGAGACAUCACAUUUUCUUUGAAUACUCUGUAUUUUAAAGCAAAGACUCUUCAUGGUCAUCCUCCAAGGACAAGCAGUGGCUCUCUUUUUUCCAUUACAGCCAGCGCAAGGUGCUGCCCCAAUGAACCUCAGAGGAGACACUCCCUCUGUAUUGGUCUGUUUUGCAUCACUCUAAAGGAACAGCUGAGGCCGGGCAAUUUAUAAAGAAAAGAGGUUUAUUCAGCUCACAGUUCUGCAGGCUGUACAAGAAGCAUUGUGCCAGCAUGUGCUUUUGGUGAGGCCUUUCAAGAAGCUUUUACUCAUGGCAGAAAAUGAAAGGGAGCCAGUGUGUCACAUGGCAAGAGAGGGACAAGGGAGAGAGGAGGAGGUGCUGGGCUUUUUAACAAUCAGUUCCCAAGUGUACUAAUCCAGCAAGAACUGACUCAAUACUGCAGGGAGGUCACCAAGGCCCUGUGACCCAAACGCCUCUCAUGAGGCCCUACCUGCAAUGCUGGGGAUCAAACUUCAACAUGGGAUUAGGAGGGAACAAAUAUACAAACCAUACCACCCUCCCAUUGGUAGAAUCUGGAAAGGGAAUUCAGACCCCAGCAAAUAACUGCAGGGUGAGGUGGGAUGUUAUAUGCACCAUGAGUAAAGCCCAUCAUGGAGUGAAAGGGGGGCCCAGGCAGAGCCCAGGAAGUGAGGAUGGACAUCAUGAAGGAGUUAGCCAGGGUGCACCUUGGUGGACAAUCAAGUUUUAACACAGUGGACCUGCCCAGGGAGUGAUAAGACAGCAUCCCCCAGCUCCAUCAGCUGACCCACCUUCACCCACCCUUUGAGAUGGACAAUUGAUCUGUCCUACAAAAGGGCUACGUAAACCCAGCUUCAAGACCCCUCAGAUCCCCAUCCCAGGCAGAUGACUCUCCCCAAGCCUCUCCUACAUAGACUUUCAGGAGUUACCACUGCCUCCAAAGGAAAACUUGAAUGAAGGCAGGGGUGCAGGGAAGUACAGGGUUCCGUGGAGGGAUAGUGAUUUAUCCUCCUGGCUAGGAGGAUCCCCAUGCUUUGGCAGCUGGAAGGAGGCAAGGCUAGAGAAGGUGGGGGCAGAUCAGGAGGUACUUGGCUUCCAGACCAAGUAUUCUGAACUUCACUGGACAGGCUAUGAGGAACCACGAAGCAAGUGAGCAGGUUUGGUCUCAGUGGGACUCUAGGAAGAUUUCUUUGUCCUGGAAAGGGAUGCAAUACACUGGAAGAUGAGUAGCAGCCCAAGGUAACACCUUAGAGAUAGGUUCAGAGCUUCUCCACUGAACAAGAACAAUGACUUAACUGAAAUUGGCUCAAUUUGCUUACCUGGGAAGUGAACAUAUCUGCACCUCUCUCACUUAGGAAUUAGUAAGAUGUCUGGUGUAAGGCAGGUCUUCACCAAAUUUGAAGGGAUCUUGUUGAAAUGCAGAUUCAGACUCUAGAGGUUUGGAGUGGGGCCCAGAUUCUGUGGCUCCAAGCAUUUGGAUGUUUCUGUUAACCUUGGAUCCUGAUCUGUAGGCCCCACUGAGCAGAGAAACUGCAAAAACCCAGGCCCAGAGCCCAACCCAGAGAAAGAACUUGAUAAAUGGUUCCUUCUGUUAUUAGGAUUGUUUUAUCAUUAGAAGAAGAAAACAGCCCAAUAUUAAGAUAGAGACUGUAAAAAAAUGGGCAAAAAAAUAGCAAUUUUUUUUUUUUUUUUUGAGACAAGGUCUCACUCUGUCACCUAGGCCAGAGUGCAGUGGCUUGAACGUGGCUUACUGCAGCCUCGACCUUCUGCGCUCAAGGGAUCCUGCUGCCUCAGUCUCCCAUGCAGCUGGGACUACAGGUACACACCAUCAAUUUUUUUAUUUUUUGUAGAGAUGGGGUUUCGCUUUGUUGCCCAGACUGGUCUUGAGCUCCUGGGCUCAGUAAUCUGCCUGCCUUAGCCUCCCAAAGUGCUGAGAUUACAGACAUGAAUCACCAUGCCCAGCCAGCAAUGUUAUUUAAAUAGCAAGGGUAAGAACAGUAAGAAACACAGCCACCAUGGCCUUUAAGGAGCACAGUCCUCAUUGAAUUCUGAAAAUGGAAAUAUGCCUGUCUUCUAAGACUAUACCCUCCAGCCACCCCUUCCACCCCACCCUACCAUAGAAAACAGUUUGGCUGACUUUCUAAAAUUUUAAAUAUGUAUUUAAGAGUCCUGGAAGAAGGCAGAGCUCUUUUAAAACAUACUGACGAUCGAGACCAUCCUGGCUAACAUGGAAAAACCCAGUCUCUACUAAAAAUACAAAAAAUUAGCCUGGCAUGGUGGCAUAUGCUUGUAAUCCCAGCUACUCAGGAGGCUGAGGCAGGAGAAUCACUUGAAUCCGGGAAGUGGAGGUUGCAGUGAGCUGAGAUUGCAUCACUGCACUCCAGCCUGGGUGACGGAGGGAGACUCCAUCUCAAAAAAAAAAAAAAAAUACUGACUUGGCCAAGCAUGGUGGCUCCUGCCUGUAAUCCCAGCACUGUGGGAGGCCGAGGCGGGUGGAUGACCUGAGGUCAGGAGUUCGAGACCAGCCUCUGACCAACGUGGCAAAACCCCGUCUCUACUAAAAAUACAAAAAUUAGCUGGACACAAUGGCAGUUGCCUGUAAUCCCAGCUCCUUGAGAGGCUGAGGCAGGAGAAUCACUUGAACCUGGGAGGUGGAGGUUGCAGUGAGCCGAGACUGCACCACUGUACUCCAGCCUGGGUGACAGAGCAAGACUGUUUAAAUAAAUAAAUAAAUGAAAACAUACUGACUUUACACUUCUAAAAAUCUAAUAAAUAAUAAUCAAUUAUUAGGUUUUCAAAAGCUUAUUUUUCCCCAAAUUGCGGCUUAAAAACAGCAACACGAUUCUCACAGUGAUCCCCAAAGGUCCCCCCAUAGCUGCCUGAAGUUUUGCCAACAUGGAGGACUUAUUUCUUUUUCAUUAUGUUCACCCCUAAGAAUUUUUAAAUUCAGAUGCUCCGGGGAAGAGUUAAUCCAUGAAGUUCCUUUGGAAUAAACCAUUCACUCAUUUGUUCAUUUAUUUUUAAUUUUUUUUUUUUUUUUUUACAUUUUAUUGUGGUAAAAAGCACAUAAUAUAAAAUUUUCCCGACCGGGUGCGGUGUCUCACACCUGUAAUCUCAGCACUUGGGAGGCCAAGGCGGGUGGAUCACGAGGUCAGGAGUUCAAGACCAACUUGGCCAAGAUGGUGAAACCCCGUCUCUACUGAAAAUACAAAAAAAAAAAAAAAAAAUUAGCCAGGCGUGGUAGCGGGCACCUGUAAUUUAAGCUACUCGGGAGACUGAGGCAGAGAAUUGCUUGAACCUGGGAGGUGGAGAUUGCAGUGAGCAGAGAUUGUGCCACUGCACUCCAGCCUGGGAGACAGAGUGAGACUCCAUCUCAAAAAAAAAAAAAAAAAUUCCUCUUAGCUAUCUUAAGUGUAGAGUUCAGUAGUGUUAAAUAGAUUCACACUGCUGUGUAAUAGUUCUCUAGAACUUUUUCACAUUGAAAAGCAACUCCCUGUUUCCCCUCCCCCCAGCCCUGGCAGCCACCAGUCUACUUACUGCCCAUAAUUUUGACUGCUCUAAAUACCUCCUACUAAAUGGAAUCAUACAAUAUUUGUCCUUUUGCAGCUGGCUUCUUUGAUUCAGCGUAGUGUCCUCAACAUUCAUUCAUGUAGCAUGCCACAGGAUUUCCUCCUUCUUUUUUUUUUUUUGGAGUCAGGGUCUUACUCUGUCACCCAGGCUGGAGUGCGGUGUCAUGAACACAGCUCACAGCAGCCUUGACCUCCUGGGUUCAGCUGAUCCUCCUGCCUCAGCCUCCUGAGUAGCUGGGACCACAGGCACACGCCACCGUAUCUGGCUAACUAAAAAAAAAAAAAAAUGUUUUGUAGAAACAGGGUCUCGCGCCAUGUUGCUCUAGCUGGUCUUGAACUCCUGGACUCAGGUGAUCCUCCCACCUCGACCUCCCAAAGUGCUGAGACUAUAGGCAUGAGCCCCCAUGCCUGGCCUCUUUCUUUUUAAGAGCUGAUAGGCUGGGCGCAGUGGCUCACGCCUGUAGUGAGCACUUUGGGGGUCCGAGGCAGGCCGAUCACGAGGUCAGGAGAUCGAGACCAUCCUGGCUAACAUGGUGAAACCCUGCCUCUACUAAAAAUACAAAAAAUUAGCCAGGCAUGGUGGCAGGCGCCUGUAGUCCCAGCCACUCGGGAAGCUGAGGCAGGAGAAUUGCCUGAACCUGGGAGGUGGAGGUUGCAGUGAGCCGAGAUCACACUACUGCACUUCAGCCUGGGCGACAGAGCGAGACUCUGUCUCAAAAAAAAAUAAAAAUAAAAAUAAAAAUAAAUAAAUAAAAGCUGAAUAAUAUUCUGUUGUAUAUACCACAUUUUGUGUAUCCACUCAUCUGUCAGUGGACACUUAGACUGUUUCCACCUCUUGGCUAUGGUGAAGAAUGCUGCGAUGAAUAUGGGUGUGCAAACAGCUCUUCCAGAUCCUACUUUCAAUUCCUUUAGAUGUAUGCCCAGAAGUGGGAUUGCCAGAUGAUAUGGUAGUUCUGGAUUUAAUCUUUUAAGGAACCUCUAUAUUAUUUUCCAUAGCAGCUGCACAAUUUUACCUUCCCACCAGCAAUACGCAAGAGUUCCAAUUCCCCCACAUCCUCAUCAACACUUACUAUUUUCUGGGUUUCUUUUUUUUUUUUUUUCUUGACAUUUGCUCAUUCAUUUAACUAUCACUUUUGAAAGUCUGCUGGGGGUGGAGCCCAGUGCUUGGGGCCAAGGAUCCAUCAUCAACAAGACAGACUUGACUGGUGCCCUCCUGCUUGUGGUGCUCACAGCCAAGUAUAGGACAACUUGUCUCAAGGCUGCUGGAGAAACUUGGGCAUAUUAGGAAGGCAUGGAGAGAAGGGCCCCAUUCUUGGCCAUGUUCUCUCUGCCUAUGGGCCUGUGUUGAACGGGGGCUGUCGUAUUCCCAGGGCGGGUGGCAGUUUGUGCACUGUGUGGCUUCCCUGGCCAUCGAUCUCAUCAGUGUCCCACAGGCAGUCAGGUGAUUUCUAUGAUGAGCAUUCCCUUAGUCCCACCCUGCCAAGUCAAUAUCAUAUGAACUAUGGCAACCAGACCUUCAGCCAAGUGCACUUGGUCAGCAUGGACCAAGUCACACAGUAAUUAACUGAACCUCCUCAGCUGGAAAGAAUCCUUCACUCUGCCCCUAACUUCUCAGGAACAUGACAUCACAGCUGCAAGAGAAGGGGUAGGAAAUCAACUGGCACUAGAAAUGAGUUCUAAGUCACCUGGGUUCUAGUGGCUGCCGAGAUGUGCUGAAUAUUGUACCUGAUUUAUGGAUGGCUGUGAUUCUUUGAGACAAAAAUGGCUAGUGGGUUCUCUGGCCCUAUCUUAAUCAUCAGAUGAGAUGGAACUUAUUCAUAGUUUUGUAGUAUUUACGGCUAGCAAAUUGCUUUGUUAAAGCAAAAAAAUAAAAUGCCUGACAAAAAUAUUGUUUCAGUGACUGUGUUUAGCUAUGCUCUGUGCUACACGUGUUAGGAAGUUCUACAAUUAAAGGACUUGCAUAAUUCCACAUGGAUAAGUGUAUUAGUCCGUUCUUGCAUUGCUAUAAAAAAUGCCCAAAGCUGGGUAAUUUAUCAACAAAAGCGGUUUAAUUGGCUCAGGGUUCUACAGGUUAUAUAGGAAGCAUGGUGCUAGCAUCUGUUCCCAGCAAGGGCCUCAGGAAGCUUCAAUCAUGGUGGAAGGCAAAGGGGGAGCAGGUGCGUUAUGUGGCAAGAGCAGAAACAAGAGAGUGGGGAGGUGCAACACUUUUUUUUUUUUUGAAAUGGAGUUUCACUCUGUCACCCAGGCUAGAGUGCAAUGGCGCAAUCUCGGCUCACUGCAACCUCCACCUCCCGGGUCCAAGCGAUUCUCCUGCCUCAGCCUCCAGAGUAGCUGGGAUUACAGGCAUGCACCACCACGCCCAGGUAAUUUUGUAUUUUUAGUAGAGACGGGGUUUCACCAUGUUGGUCAGGCUGGUCUCAAACUCCUGACCUCAGGUGAUCCGCCCACCUCAGCCUCCCAAAGUGCUAGGAUUCCAGGCGUGAGCCACCAUGCCCAGCACAACACUCUUUUAAACAACCAGAUCGUAUGUGAACUACCAGAGUGAAAACUCACUCAUCACCAAGGGGAUGGCAUUAAGCCAUUCAUGAGGGAUCUGCCCCAUGACCAAACACCACUCACCAGGCCCCACCUCCAACACUGCGGAUUAUAUUUCCACAUGAGAUUUGGAGAGGACAGAUAUCCAAAUCAUAUCAUUCUACCCUUAGACCCCAAAUUUCAUGUCCUCCUCACAUUUCAAAAUACAAUUAUGUCUUUGCAAUAGCCUCCCAAAGUCUUAACUCAUUCCAGCAUUAAAUCACAAGUCCCAAGCCCCAAGUCUCAUCUGGAGUUCCUUCCACCCAUGAGCCUAGGAGGUCAAAAACAAGUUAUUUACUCCUAAGAUACAAUGGUGGUACAGGAAUUGAGUGUACAUUCCCAUUCCAAAAGGGAGAAAUUGGCCAAAAGAAAGGGUCAACAGGCCCCACACAAGUCUGCAAUGGCAGGGCAGUCAUUAAAUCUUAAAGCUCCAAAACAAUCUCAUUUGACUCCGCAUCCUGCAUCUUGGUGUGAGGGGUGGGCUUCCAAGGCCUUGGGUAGCCCCACCCCUAUGGCUUCCCUGGAUGCAGCCCACAUGGCUGCUCUCACGCGUUUGGAGUUAGGUGCCUGCAGCUUUUCCACACUGAGGUUGCAAGCUGCCAGUGGCUCUACCAUUCUUGGGUCUGGAGGGUGGAGAUCCCCUUCCCACAACUGCAUCCAGCAGCUGAGCAAUCCUAUAUUUCCCCUCCAUAUUGCCCUAGUAGAGUUUCUCUAUGGAGGCUCUGUCCCUGUGGCAGGCUUCUGCCUGGGCACCCAGGCUUUUCCAUACAUUCUCUGGAAUCUAAGUGAGAGCUGUCAAACCUCCUUCACUCUUGCAUUCUGUGCACCUGCAGUCUUAACACCAUGUGGAAGCCGCCAAUGUAUACGGCAGCUUGUGCUCUCAAAAGCAGCAGCCCAAGCUGUACCUGGGCCCCAUUGAGCUGAUGUUGGAGCCAGAGUGGCCAGGAUACGGGGAACAGUGUCCUGAGGCUGUGCAGGGCAGCAGGGCCCUGGGCCUGCCCCACAAAACCAUUCUUUCCUCCUAGUCCUCUGGGCUUGUGAUGGGAGGGGCUGCCUUGGAGAUCUCUGAAAUGUGCUUUUUCCCAUUGUCUUGGACAUUAGCACUAGGCUCCUUUUUAGUCAUUCUAAUCUCUCUAGCAAAUGGUUGCUUAAUGGCCUGCUUGUAUUCCUCUCUUGAAAAUGUUUUUUCUUUCUCUGCCACACAGCUAGGCUGCAAAUUUUCCAAACUUUUGUGCAUUGAUUCUCUUUCAAAUAUAAGUUGCAACUUUACGACAUUUCUUUGCUUCCCUGUCUAACUGUAGGUUGUUAAAAGCAGCCAGGCUGCCUCUUGAACACUUUGCUGCUUCGAAAUUUCUUCUAUCAGGCUGGGCACAGUGGCUCAUGCCUAUAAUCCUAGCACUUUGGGAAGCCAAGGUGGGCAGAUCACUUGAGGUCAGGAGUUCGAGACCAGCCCGGCCAACAUGGUAAGGCCCCGUCUCUACUAAAAAUACAAAAAUUAGCCAAACACAGUGGCAGGUGGCUGUAAUCCCAGCUACUUGGGAGGCUGAGGCAGGAGAAUUGCUUGAACCCAGGAUGCAGAGGUUGCAGUUAGCCAAGAUCAUGCCACUGGACUCUAGCCUGCACGACAGAGCAAGACUCCAUCUCAAAAAAAGAAAAAGAAAAAGAAAAAGAACAGACUUUCUUCUACCAGAUACCCUAAGUCAUCAUUCUUAAGUUCAAAUUCCACAAAGCCCUAGAGCAUGGACACAAUGCAGCCAAGCUCUUUGCUUAGGUAUAACAAGGGUGACCAGUUAUAUCUUUGCUCCUGUUCCCAAUAAGUUCCUCAUUUCCAUCUGAGACCUCCUCAGCCUGGCCUUCACUGUCCAUACCACUAUCAGCAUUUUGUCACAACCAUUUAACCAGUCUCUAGGAAGUUCCAAACUUUCCCUCAUCUUCCUGUCUUCUUUGGAGACCUGCAAACUCUUACAAACUCUGCCCAUUAUCCAGUUCCAAAGUCGCUUCCACAUUUUCAGGUAUCUUUAUAGUAACACCCCACUCUUUGGUACCAAUUUUCUAUAUUAGUCUGUUCUUACAUUGCUAUUAAGAAAUACCUAAGGCUGGGUAAUAUAUAAAGAAAAUAGUUUUAAUUGCCUCAGGGUUCUGCAGCUUAUACAGGAAGCAUGGUGUCAGCAUCUGCUCCUGGUGAGGGCCUCAGGAAGCUCAAUCAUGGUGGAAGGUGAAGGGGGAACAGGCAUGUCACAUGGUGAAAGCAGGAGUGAGAGCAAGAGGGGGCAGGUGCCACGUUCUUUUAAACAACCAGAUCUCAUGUGAACCACCAGAGCAAGAAUUCAUUCCUCACCAAGGGGAUAGUGCUAAGCUAUUCAUGAGGGAUCCGCCCCCAUCACUCAAACGCCUCCCACCAGGCCCCACCUCCAACAGUGGAGGUUACAUUUCAAUAUGAGAUUUUGAAGGGAAAAACAUCCAAACCAUAUCAAUAAGAAGAAGAGAAAGAGCCAGUCACAGUGGCUCACACCUGUAAUUCCAGCACUUUGGGAGGCCAAAGCGAGUGGAUACCUUGAGCCCAGGAGUUCGAGACCAGCCUGGGCAAUAUGGUGAAACUCCAUCUUUACCAAAAAUACAAAAAAUUAGCCAGGUGUGGGGGCAUGCACCCAUAGUCCCAGCUACUCGGGAGGCUAAGAUGGGAGGAUCACCUGAGCCUGGGAGGUGGAGUUUGCAGUGAGUCAAGAUGGCACCACUGCACUCCAGCCUGGGUAACAAAGUGAGACCUUGUCUAAAAAAAAAAAGAGAGAGAAAGAGAACAAAAAGAGGAGAUAGAGAAGGAGGAAGAAGAGGAGAUGGAGAAGGAGGAAGACGAGGAGGAGGGAGACAAGACUAAGAAAAGGAAAGGAGGCAAUUAGAGAAGCAGGGAGGGAAAGGAGGAGAGAGGGAGGUAAGCUAGUUGAUAAACAUCUAAAGAGGCAUUCUACUUUAAGACUAGAAUUAUCUUGGCUUACUUCUUUUCCAGUGAACAAAAUAUAUUCUGGUUUGUUUGUUGGUUGGUUGGUUGGUUUUAUUAAAGGGUCUAAAAACGUUUUCCUUUCUUACACAGUUCAGACUGAACAUCAUUCUUUUUCUCACUGAGUGUAUUACCUAAACUCAAUUCUACAAGGCCUAAAUUAUUUCCUUUAAUUUCAAAUUUAGUUUUUAAUGACACAUUCACACAGCUCAAAAUUCAGAAAGUAACAAAAGAGUAAAGGAUGCUUUUACCGGCUGUUUCUACUUUAAAAAAAAAAAAAAAAAGAUAGCAGAGGGCCGGGCACAGGGGUUCAUGCCUGUAAUCCCUACCUUUUGGGAGGCAGGAAGAUCAUUUGAGCCCAGGAGUUCAAGACCACCCUGGGCAACACAGUGACACCUUAUCUCUACCAAAAAUUUGAAAAUUCACCGGGCAUUGUGGCAUGCACCUGUGGUCCCAGCUACUCAGGAGGCUGAAGCAGGAGGAUCACUUAAGCCUGGAAGAUCAGGGCUCCAGUGAGCUAUGAUUGUACCACUGCACUCCAGCCUGAACGACAGAGUGAGACCCUGUGUCAAAGAAAAAAAAAAAAAGACAACAGAGGAAUAUUUUGCCUCCAACUUUUAUUGAAUGUCUUUGAUUAUUACUUGUCAUUUGACCACAGAGAAUUAAAAAAGAAACAAGUGGCUGGGCACAGUGGCUCACACCUGUAACCUCUGCACUUUGGGAGGCCUAGGAAGGUGGAUUGCUGGAGUUCAGGAGAUCAAGACCAGCCCGGGCAACCCUAUCUCUGCCAAAAAUACAAAAAAUUAGCCAGGUGUGGUGGCACAUGCCUGUGGUCCCAACUACUCAGGAGGCUGAGAUGAGAGGAUCGCUUGACCCUGGGAGGCAGAGGUUGCAGUGAGCUGAGAUCGUGCUACUACACUCCAACCUGGGUGGCAGAGUGAGACCCCAUCUCAAAAAAAUAAAAUACACAAAUGAAGCUCUCCACUAAUAUUGGUCCUGGGGAGGCUGGCCUCUGUCCGCACCAACCAUGUCCAGGACAGGACGAAACAUUCACGGUUGGACCAUCAGACACAAUCCACAGUCCACAGGCAAUUAGUACACAGACCCAGCACUGUGUGACGUGUUAUGUUUAAAACUCUGAACCCAGCAUUAGGCCUGCCUUUUUAGUAUAUUUAUGUUGAUUUAAGUUACUUGAUAAUCAUCGACUCAGUAUGGUUUAAAGAAAAUCAAAGCCACUGACUCUUUAAGUCUAUGGAGCAUUUGCUGAUCCCAGUUAACUGUAUAUAAUUGUCAAAUUUCCAACCUCUGAAAUGACCCUUUAGACACAUACUGAUGGGGCAGGCUGUUGAACUUUUGCAAAGAACACUUAACCUUCUGCAGAAAUGGUGUAAAAUACAGGCUUGCGGAAUGAGCUGGUCCACUCCAGUGCCCCCGCCUCCUGUCCACGCCAGGCACCUAAGAAGCUGCUCAAUCACUACAAUUUCGGGUGCUAUUAGCUUGCCAAGUGCUUUUCACCUUUUAAGGGCUGCCCAAGGACCAAGGGAUAAAUCAGGAAUGUUGUAUCUUUUAUUCCAUUAUUUUAAGGAUAAAUUACUGCUUAGUCAAAUUUGUUAUGUCCAGAUGGGAUAUGCAGAAACCCCUGUAUUUCAAUUAUGGUCAAUACUGCAUCUCAUUUCUAGGAUUUAAGUGUAGUUUGAGAACAUCAAAAUCCUUUUCAAACUCCGGAAUUUGCGUUGAAAUUGUUAACAUCUUUCUCUGUUAAAACAAAAAUUAAUUUCACUAAAUUGCUAAAAUAAGCCUGAGGAAUCUAGAACCCUGCGGAAGAUUGAAUAGGUAUUGAGAUUCAUUUUCAGAGAGGCCUGCAGGUGGCGCCAUAAGCAAACGGUCUUACCCUCGCCCACCAACCUACUCUCCCCAGAAUUUAAAAAGGAGGAAAACAGGAAGAUCUUAGCUCACAUGAUAAAGGGGAGGGGAGCCUACGAAAACUACAAAUUCGUAAACUAUCAUAUAGAAUCGUGCUGCCAUAAUAAAAAAUUCAAUAAUUAAAAUAUUGAUUAUGGAAUUGCCUGCUUCCUUUGUAUUAAAUAUGUGCAGUUUAUAGGCAAUGUGUUUAUAAAUAUAAUUUUCAGUUGACUCUUUUAUGAUACCAUAAUAACAUCCCAAUCCUCAUUUGUGUGUUAAACGUGUUCUUUAACAAAAUUACACAUUUACUAUUGCAAUGUAACUAGCUGGGUUUUCAGCCUUCAUCUAAUUUUCCAGAAUGGUAUUUCUGCAGUCCUAACAUUCUUUGCUUAAUCACUCCGAUAAAAACGGUGGAUUUCUUUGUAAUGCAAUUUGUAAGCAAUAAACAUGAUUGAGAAUGCAGUAUUUGCUGUCGACUAUGUU